AUGCUUCUUUCAAUGUUUAAUGUCCUGAGCCAUAUUAUGGCAAAUGUUUCACCGAUAUAUUCAAUAAAUCAACUAUGCCCAUCAAUAACAAAUAUUUCUUCAAAUAUAACACUUCAAGAAUUAUUAAGUCUUGAGGAAUGUUAUGAUCAUAAAGAUAUUUUAAUUGACAUGAUUUCAAAUGGUAAUGUUAACCCAACAACAAAUGCAUUACAAUUUUUUCAAACAUAUCUUGAAGUUGCUAAUAAUAAUUAUACUUUUGUUAAUGGGAUUGAAGAUGAAUUUUGGCCAAUACAUAUAAGAUUAAUUAUGACAUUUAUUUUUUCAAUAUUAAGUAUUGCUGGUAUUAUAGGUAAUAUUUUAGUUAUUACUGUAGUAUUUAAAGUUCCAGGAAUGAUAACACCAACAAAUUGUUAUUUAUGUUCAUUAGCAACAUCUGACUGUCUAUUUUUUUUAUGUACUGCUCCAACAGAAUUAUCAUACUUACAUAAUACAAAUUUUAUUUUUGGUUCUGUUGGAUGUGCAUUAUCAUCAUAUCUACCAUUUUUAUCAAUUAAUACAUCAUCUUUAUCAAUUGCUGCAUUUACUAUUGAAAGAUAUAUUGGAAUAUGUCAUCCAAUUAGAGCACGUUAUAUAUGCACUGUUAAAAGAGCAAAACAUAUAAUAUUAGGAAUAUGGAUAUUUUGUAUAUUAUAUAAUUCUCCCUGGUUAUAUUUAGCAUCAUUAAGAAGAGAUGAAUAUGGUAUUGAGUGUAACUUUUCAUUAGCUAGAGAUAAUUGGACAUAUAAAGUUAUGUUUUUGGGAGAUUUUUUUGGUUUUUAUAUAUCACCUAUGAUAUUAUAUUUUCUUAUUUAUGGAAAAAUUGCUUAUACAUUAAGUCAAAAUAGAAUGAAACAAACUGGUAAAAUAAAUAGUCAUAAAAAAAAACAAAAUAUUAGUUUAUCAAAAUUUUCUAAUGAUACAAAAUCAAAUGAUUUCGUUUGUAACAGUAGGACAAAUGGAUUAAAAGCAAAUAAUCAAGUUAUAAAAAUGUUAGCAUUAGUUGUUGUAGUUUUUGCUGUUUGUUGGUUACCUUAUCGUGCAAUGGUAAUGUAUAAUUCAUUUUCUAAGAUAAAAUGGGCUCCUGAUUGGUAUAUAUUUUUUUCAAAAACUAUGAUAUUUAUAAAUUGUGCUAUUAAUCCAAUAUUAUAUAAUCAUAUGAGUAAAAAAUUUAGAGAUGCCUUUAGACGUUUAUUUUCUUCAACAUCAUAUUUAUCUUGUUUAUCUAUAAAUGAACCUAAAAAUAAUUUAAAUAAAGAAUACAGUACCCCAAAAUAUUCUAUAUGUUAUGAUAAAAUUAAUGGAAAAAUAGAUACAUAUGAAGAAAAUAGUAAUAUACUUUUAAAGAGUUUAACAAAUUCAAAAAAAUGUUCAAAAGUUAAGAGCAUUGAAAUGGUUUCUCAAAAUAGUACGCCAAACAUUAAUUUGGUAAAUUUGGAAAAAAUUAUAAAUGAUGAUGAUAACAAUAGUAAUAAAAGAUUAAUAUCUGGCUCAAGUACAGGAACAAGUACAUGUUCAUAA